AUGUCGUGUCCCGACUGCUUCAGCGGCCACGUGCACGAGGACGCUACGCCCAGAGGAACAGUCACCACCUUGCAUGGCCUGAAUGCAUAUGUGACGGAACCGACGUCCACAGAAUCCCCCAUCAAGGGAAUCAUCAUCAUCAUUCCGGAUGCGUUUGGGUGGGAGUUUGUCAAUAAUCGCAUUCUGGCUGAUCAUUAUGCCGAUAAGGGAGGGUAUAAGGUGUAUUUGCCUGAAUUCAUGAAUGGACACGCCGCCCCAGUCUGGUCCCUAAACACCCUAUCCGCAAUAAUGAAGACCUCAUCCAUCAUGGACUGGAUCACGAAACCAUACCACAUCGCCUGCGCCAUGUACGCCAUGAUCCCCUUCGUCUACCACACCAAAUUCACCACCUCCUGGCCCACCGUCAAGGCAUUCUUCACCGCCGUACGGCGCAACGAAGGCGCCAACCUCCCCAUCGCAGCUGCAGGGUUCUGCUGGGGCGGGCAACACACCGUGUACCUCGCACACGACAAAGAAGAAGACAAAGUAGAUGGCAAACCCCUAAUCGAUGCCGGUUUCACCGGCCAUCCCAGCAACCUGAAGAUCCCCGCGGAUAUCGAGAAGAUCAAGAUCCCUGUAAGCUUUGCGAUGGCGGAACUGGAUAUUGCGGUGAAAAUGCCGCAAAUUAAGCAGAUUGAGAAAGCCGUCGGAGAGGGGGAUGUGGGGGAGGUGAAGAUCUACUACGGGGCUGGGCAUGGGUUUUGUGUGCGUGCGGAUGUGAUGGUUAAGGAUGUGAGGGCGCAGGCGGAGGAGGCGGAGGAUCAGGCGAUUGCGUGGUUUCAGAAGCAGUUUGCGAAGGUGUCUUAUUGA